UCACUUCCUGUCACAGGCCGUUACGCGCGAACGCAUCAAAUUGGCUAGAAAAGUUUCGAUAACUGCUUUAUCUUAACGUUCAUUACCACGCUUUGUGAUUUAUAAUGGCCUUAAUGUUUGCUUAAUUAAUGCAGCGUAAUUUAUUUAUUUAUGUAAAUUUAAUUUCGCCCCCCAACAUAACAAGCUCUCCAUGUUUAGUUUUAUCACGCGCCACAAACCGAUCACAAACAGUGACAGUCUAAUGCUAACAGGGCGAACGGAACCUGGGCUGGGACCUUCUAUUCUACGCGUCUAACUCUAAUAAGCCGCUACCAAUGUUUCACCUCCGAUAAGCGAGUUCUUGCCACCCACGCGCUGUCGAGAACUGCAAUCUUUUAAUGGGUGUUUUAUAGGCUCACAUUGUUUUACAAGCUGGAAAGGGUAGCUAAUUAAAAAUUGUUUCAUAUUUUUAUGCCAUUUGCUGCAACAAGUUGUAUCGUUUCGUCAAACAUGGUUGGGAUUUGUAAAUACCAACAAUACCUUGAUUGAUCGGUGUCGUCUUGGUGUAGUGUUGAUCAAGUUCAUGACCUCAAUCUUUCCGUUCAGCCGCUUCAGCUGUUUGAAUUGGUAACGGUUACCGUGCUAAAAUCGUAAUUAAUUGUGUGACUUUGCUAACAGCUAAUUACAUCCACCGAUCGACACCUUGACAUAGACAUCGUAAUUCUUUUUAAUCACACACGUUACGCUUCCCACCAACAACAAGAUCACUCAUCUUAUCACACUUCUUAGGGGUGACAGAGAGGGCGCAUACACACAUACACACACCAGCCGGCAGAAGAUGCAGAGUCGCCAGAAGGCGACACACAGCAGCCACGCUUCAUUAUCGUCACUGGGGGUGCCUUCAUAUUUGCAUAAAAGCUCGAUUAAGGUCAACCGAUUGAGCCGAAAAGAAGGUUCUACCUCCUCCCAAAAACGGGAUGCGCGAAUCGGAAGACGAUCGACGCCUGCGCUCGAAUGCAUCUUGCAGGUGAAGAAUUGCACAGUUAACGCCAAUCCUUUCUUGACGGCAGACACACAACUUUCGACUGGUAGCUCCGUUGCACCAUUUUGUGCCUCUUUUUUUAACCUUUUCUGUAUUGGCUCUUGUAACCGUUAAAAAUAUAAACGAUAAACGAGCGCACGAAUAAUUGCCACCCGGGACGUGUUCUGAUAAGCGCCUCGGUCGGUACAAGCGCAAGUCGCCGUCGGGCCCCGAUCGUCGAUGGCGUAUAAAAGUGCUAAAAGAGAAAUUGUGCGCUUUUAGAAUGCUUGUAGACUCUCGCUGGUCGUGCCGUGCAAACAUCGAUCGUGCGUGAUCGGGAUUGGGUUUCGUUCUAGCGGGUGGAAACAAUGCAACUUCAGUGAAAGAAUCGGCAUGGUGGACACUAACAAAGUGAUGUUUGCCGGUGGACUGUCACGGUGGUUAGGGAUACUUUCGGUCGCGAUCAGCUUGCAGCUCGUUGUCGGUGGUGAUUGGAACUAUUUCAAGUGCUUCGAAACGGUCAAACGAUGCCCGAACCAGAAUGUGUCGUUUUAUCUCUACACGAGAGAAACACAAAACAAUCCCACCCAGCUGGACAUGUUCAAUCCGGAAUCGGUCACGAGCGCCAACUUCAUCAAGGGACGUCCGUUGAUUGUGCUAAUCCACGGGUACACUGGCCAUCGCGAUUACGCUCCAAAUCCAACGAUUCGCCCGGCGUACUUCGCCUACGACGAGUUCAACAUCAUCUCCGUCGACUAUAAUCCUCUAGCUCUUGAGCCUUGCUACCUUCAAGCCGUACGCAAUCUGCCCACCGUUGCGAACUGUACCGCCCAGCUGCUAGACUUCAUCAUCUCCAACGAUAUCAUCCCGCUGGACGACAUCCACGUGGUGGGGUUCAGCCUCGGCGGCCAAACUUCCGGCAUGAUCGCGAACUAUUUGCGGGCUGGCCGGUUGAAGCGCAUCACGGGGCUGGAUCCGGCCAAACCGCUGUUUGUGUUUGCCUCGAACGAGUACAAGCUCGACCAGACCGAUGCGGAGUUUGUGCAGGUGAUCCACACGGACGUGUUCCAGCGCGGGAUAUUGCAUCCGAGCGGACACACGGACUUCUACGUGAACGGGGGCGUGGUGCAGCCGGGGUGCGAUGCGACCACGAUGAUGACGACGGGCGAGUGCAACCACAACCGGGCGCCCGAGUACUACGCGGAAUCGAUCGGCACCGAGGUGGGAUUCUAUGGGUAUCGGUGCGCCCACUGGUACCUGUACAUGCUCGGUAUCUGCCGCGGUGGAGGCCCAAACGACCAGAUCGCUAUUAUGGGAGCGCACACACCCAACACAACCCGAGGCCUCUACUUCCUGAACGUUAACAUGAUGCCGCCUUACGCAAGAGGAAGCAAUUACACCUUACGGGAGGAACUGGCAUCCAUAUCGGCCAACAUUGGGGGUCCACCACCACCACCACCACCACCACCGCCACCGGUCAACUAGUGACAUCAAACCAUGCCAACCAAUCACCAACCAGGACUUCCAAAUUGGAUUCACACUAUCGUCUGUAUGUUCAGUGUUUUUAUGGAUAAAGGAGUGUUAUGUUUAUAGAAAUAAAGUAUGCAAAAAACCCUGA